ACUGUUGCUAGUGGUGGACAUUGAAGUGCUCUUAAGGUAGACCUCACGGAAUUCAUCGCUCCAGCCACUUUCCCUAUUUAAAUUCUGGACUUCCUCGUCUCCAUGAUCAAACCUUGUAUCCUUCCGUGAUUUGCAGUUUGGACGUGCUUAUCAUUUCAUAUUGAAAUUCAUGAACUUCGGUGGUUCUAAACAGAUUUUGCAUUGGAUUUGUACCUACAAUAUCGUGCCUAAAAAGUUGAGAUUUGUAUGGAAAUAAUUUUGUUAAAAAAAUUACCUUUUCGGAAACAAUGUCUGGCACUACAAAGGCGUCAUAAAUCGGAACACUUUGUAAAUGCUCAUAUGGCGUGAGUGAUGAGUAACUAGAAAAAAUUGACGUGAUCAUUGCUAUUGACAUAAGCCAAGCCAAGCCAAACCAGGCCCCAGUAUUUCUGAGUCACCAUGUGGCGUUUGUCCUUUGCUAAAUCCCCUCUUCAGUGGGUGUGUAUGAGCUUACAGCUAACAAUAAUCAUAACUGUAAAGCUAAGUUCACCUUUUGAAGUUCUCUAUGAUGAAACGAACUCGGCAAUAGAGGAAGUGAAAGCAUCUUCUUUCGAUGGAGAUUCAGGUGAAAAGUUCCUAGUGCCUGAAUAUCUAAAAGGUAAUGGGAUAAAUAAAGAACCAGAGAGGAUGAUGACAAAGAAUAUUCGAGAUAUAGAGGAACUCUUCAAUAUCCCAGAUUUAACCGUAAAUGUACAGCCACUUAUCGAUAUUAGGGACUCGUCGCAUGACUCUAGCAACGACCACGACGGCCUCCAAAUAACAAUAACCUUUCGCGCAGAUAGGUUGAACCUGACUGUAGACUUAAGACCCACUUGGGAUCUUCUAGCAGCAUCUUACGCAGAGCCUCGUCACCAGCCAAGGAAGGGAAGGCUGGCAAAUGUCCCUUGCGAAUGGCAGGGUAUUGUUCGCGGACUUGAGGAUCGUUCCAUUGUAGCGCUGUCCUUGUGCCCAGUGAUUAGGGGUAUCAUAACUGUUGGCGGGUCGGAAGCAAUGGUCGAAGCUGCCCCUGGAUCGGCAUCUCCUGAGGACCUUCACCAAAUAACAACAAAUUCUCUGCAAUAUCCUGCAGGGAAAUGUGGUGUUCGUGCGGAGACAAACAAGGGAAAUAAUCAACCUUCAGAAAACAGGAGUCAACAACUCGGAGAUUCUAUUCUCGGCAGAAAGCCACGGCAUCGACGGCAAGCUUCUGUGAAAAAACACGCGGAUAUAUGGACCAACAAACGGACCCGCUUUGUGGAACUGGUUUUGGUUGCUGAUACUAGUUACUACAAAACUUUCAAGUCCGAUGUUUACGAUCGCCUCAGGGCAACUGCUAAUGCUGUUAAUGCCAUAUUUCGUGAGAUUGGCAUCGUCGUAGUCUUGACAGAUAUCGAGGUCUGGACAAGUUACGAUCGCACUACUGUAGAUGCAGACUUCAACAUUACCCUGUCAUCGUUCGCUCCAUAUAGAAAGGAACUCCUCAAGACUAAACGUGGAGUUAACAAUGACAACACCAUUCUCGUCACAACCGUUGAUUUUCACGGAACCACCGUUGGAUAUGCUUAUGUCAGUGGAAUUUGCAGUAAUGAAUUGUCAGUGGCUACGGUGCAAGACAAAAGUAGCAAUGGUGUUGGAACCAUUGCGAGGACAAUGGCCCAUGAGAUGGGACACAACUUAGGCAUGUCACACGAUGAAAAUGAACAAGGAAGUUGCUGUGGACAGAGGUCGUGCAUUAUGUCAGCUUCAGUGAGUUCUAUGGAAGGAAUUAAGAUUGGCUGGAGCUCUUGUAGCAAAGGUGUAAUAAUGAAGGGACUGGAUUCUGUGAAUUACGAAUGUCUAAGAAAUAUUCCGGCAAAUUUCUACGAGAAGACUUGUGGUAACGGUGUUCUGGAUGAUGGCGAACAGUGUGACUGUGGGCCCCCAAACUUCUGUGAUAACCGUUGUUGCGACCCUAAGACCUGCCAAUUGGCUGUCAAUGCCACGUGCGCCCAUGGAUCUUGCUGUAACACUGAGACUUGUCACUUGCAUCAAUCUGGGAGAACCUGCCGAGAAAAAGACAGUGAUUGUGAUUUGCCAGAAUUCUGUUCUGGAAUCAGCGAAUACUGCCCUGGCGAUGUCUAUGUCCGAGACGGAACGCCGUGUGAGGGAGGCCAGGGCUACUGUUUCAAAGGAACCUGUGGUAAUCCACUUAGCAGAUGUAAGAAGAUCUGGGGACCAACGGCCAGAGAAGUCGCUCCAAGGUGCCUCGAACUGAAUGAACAAGGCAACGGUGACGGAAAUUGUGGCUGGAUAGACGGAAGUCGAAACACCUUCAGGAAGUGCACUAAGGCAUCCUUAUCCUGCGGCACUUUGCAUUGCAAUGUAGAUAGCGAUAUAAAGCCAGAGAUCAAGGGAAAAAUAGUCUGGAGAACGCAGUUCUUCGGGUCACAAAACUGCAAACAUAUCUUUGGAGAUCCGAGUUCACCAGAAAACUUUUGGCUCGCACCAGAUGGAACUCCAUGCGGGAGAAAUGGGGAGGGGAUGUGUGUCAACCAGCACUGCACUGAUGUUGCACAACCUGAUGGGGUAUCGGCAUGCCCAAUGAACUGCAGUGGUCGAGGAGUUUGUAACAGUAGAGGAAACUGCCACUGUGACCCUGGAUAUGCUCCUCCAGACUGUGUCAACAGAGGUCAUGGGGGAUCCUAUGAUAGUCACUACAUAAGUUCCAAUGGAUAUGAGGGUUUCAUUGACGCAAUUCUAAUACUACUGGCAAUCAUUAUUCCCAUCUUGGCCUUCAUUUGCUGUAGCUGGGAGAAGAUACGUAUUUGGUGGGAACAUAGUGGUUACUUAUCAUGGAAAGGUACUUGUCCUUGCUGUGCUAAUUGCAUGAAAGCGUGCUGUUGCCCCGUUAUGUCCAAAAUUACCUACUGGUGUGUAACUGUUGGCCACAAAAAACAAACUGACAUGAAUAGAAAGGAAAUCCAGCAGGUUGUAGACGAUGUUGAAGCCUCAACUGUAUGUCAGGUUAUGGUUGAUAUGGGAGAACAGUCUAUGACAAACUCUUGGGGUGUUGCUGACGAUCGAUUAUUCACAGAGGUUGUGAAAAUUACUCCCAAAAAUUCUCCAGAUUUAAGCAGAAAGAUUGUCAUGAAGUCGAACUCACCUGUGCGCCACCACAAGUCUGUUGACGGUAUCGAUCGAGCGCCACCUUAUCAGCAUCAAUCAGUAUCAGUUGAUUCGGGAUGUGUUUCUGAUGAUGAUGUCAACAUUAAUCAACCUAUCACGUCACAGAUGUCUAUGACAAGUCUCAUCGGCGUCCUCUCUCGAUUUAGUAAUAAGUCUGUGAAAUCUCAAUCCUGUAAAGACCUAAACCAGCGACCAAAAGCCUUUGGAAGCCAAAAGUCUAUUCCUCUCAGCAGAUUUGUCGUUGAUCCUUUAGCUGGAAAUCGACAAUUGAAACAAAAGACUCCUCCACCCGAUGACUUACGCAGUUCUUUUAGCAGGUCCAUAUCCACUGAUGCAACAUCUUCAAUGCUGAUUCAACGCCAAGGGCCAAUGCAACCUUUAUCGGCAGCUCUGAAACCUCACAAGAGUGAUGACAAUAUUCAUGAUCUUUCAGACACUCCAAAGAAAAACAGAUGGAGCCUCUUUGGGAAAACCUCAAACACAGACGGACCUACACAGACAAAACAAAAAAGCCCCGAUACCGCCGAAGAAAUGGAAAGGCAGCCGAUGAUACCCUCACAGCUAGUUCCUGGAUCUACGAGUGCAAGUCGAGUGACGAGGUCGGCACCCCCGCCUCCCCCACCACCACCCAGUUCGGCCAAAAAAGCAAAACUACCCAAGUCAUUUCUAAAACCUAAAAAUGAAGUAAUGGAGUCAGACAGCAAAUUAAAAACGAACGGACACCCACUGAACCAAGAAAUGCCUUCUGCUGUUAAGGAAACAACAGCCACUCCAACAGCCAAGAGACCGAUUAUGCCCCCAAAAUUGCGUCCUGGUCCCUCGCCCAUAGGCCAGGAUGAUAACGGGACGAAAAACCCAGGAACACACUCUUCCAUGGGAGGUCCAGUGCUACUACCUAAAAGGAAACCUCAAAUAAAUCUGGAAAAGUUGUCAGAUGGUAGUAAAGGCCCAAAUGUCAAGGACUUAGCUAUAAAAUUAGGGAAUGAAUAGAACCAGAAAUCAGAGAAGCCAAUAUAUGUUUCAUAAUUUUGUUGUACAAAACCGGAGUUUGAUGCAACCCUCACUCUUAAAUGGUCUUGAGUGUCGAACAUUUCUUCAUAUUAUGCUGAAAGAGCCAAAUAUUAAAGGAUGAACUCCAGUCUCAAUAUAAUGGACGUGGCUCAAUUAACUUCUGUUGGGUCAGUUCAGUGAAAUUGCAUCCCUCGGUCUCAUGUCUUCUUAUUUUCAACAGAAACAUAUUCUCUUCUGGUCUUGUGCAGGCCUGAAAUCUGCCUCUGUCCUUUCGGCCGAGGAAAUAUAUUAUUGUUAUUAUUACUGUUAUUUAUGAAUAUUCUUUAGACUUAUUUUCUUCCUUGAAGAUGUAUAUAUUCUUAAGUAUCUACCCAAGCAUAAUCAUACCACAUAGAACAUUCCCUAGGGGCUCAUAAAGUCAGGUAUUUACUUUGAUAGUAUGGGAGUUUUUGCCAACCACCUAAAACAAAAUAAUGUGCUGCGUCGUAAAAUUACUAAUUCGGUAAAAGAAAAAAAGGAAUAAUAUUAAAAGAAAACUACAAGGAGGGAAUAAAGCAAGAUCAGAGACGGAGUGUAAUCUAAACACAUCAGCACAAAUUGUUUUACAAUGUCGUACUCAGAUGUUAUUCAAAUAAUUUUUUUUUCUCUCUCUUUUAAAAUUACCGCUAGGCCGGCACAACUCCCCCGCAUCAUUUUCGAAUUUCCGUAAAUAUUAAAUGCUUUCAUACCUACAUUACGCUAAUCAUGUCUAUAAAAUAUAUUUCUAUUGGAUCUGUAAACGAGAAUGAAUCAAAGGGUCAACGCUGAAUGAGGCCUAGCCUACUUUUGCAGUCUUUAUAGUUGAAUGUGAUACCAGGGGACUGUUCACUUUACUGCCAUUACUUAGUUACUGAAAAAAUAUUACAGCAUGUAAGCAUAAGUAUAUGUUUGUUGUAACCCGUAAACAAGUAGUCUCUAGGCUACUUAAUUUGCGUUUAAUUCUAAUAUUUUUUAUGUGGAAGAGUAUGCGAGCGUGUAUUAGAGAGGAGAGAGAGAGAGAGAGAGAGAGAGAGAGAGAGAGAGUAAUAAACUAAACUUACCUGAAAAUAAGGACUAUAUUUUCAGUAGAGGACAAAGACUUUUCCCCAUAGUCCUCAAAGUACUAUACAUAUAUCUCUUUUCUUCUCUUAUGUUCCACAUUCUCUCUCUCUCUGUCUCUCUCUGUCUCUCUCUCUCUCUUUCUGUUCCGUAAGAAUUAUGCCUCUGUUUUGAAACUUUGCAUUUGUCCCGGAGAAGCCGAACACCAACGGCGCCAAAGCUGCCCCCCCCCCCCCCUUUCCUGCCCCACUCCGGAUCUAUACAUCCGCCUGACUCUUCCCGUUAAUUUCGACGAUUGAGUGAGACAUCUACUCCCAUUCCUUAGUGGAUCGUAUUAUUUCUCUUACUGGUAACUCUUUUUUUAGUUUUCGGUUAAAGAACGCUCUCUUUUUUCCUGUCCACCCUCAGAUCUUAAAAACUACUGAGCCAACAGGGCUACAAACUGGUUUGUUGAUUAUUCUCCCUCUAAUCAUCAAACAAGCCAAAUUGCAGCCCCCUGGCCUCAGUAGUUUUUUCUUUUUUUUAUUUCACUCAAGGUUAAAGUUAGGUAUGAUCGCACGUCUGGCAACAACACAGGCCACCACCGGUCGUGGCUGAAAGUUUCAUUGGCAGCGGCUGAGAGUUUCAUACAGCAUUAUACGCUAUGAAGAAAACUAGAUUGCGCCGAAGAAAUUACGCAUUUUUUACUUACACACACAUAUAUGUGUGU